AUGACCAUCCUCGAAAUUGAACUGCCAUUGCUGAUGUCUACACAACUUAGACAGCCAACAUUAACAACUGAUUCCAAUUUGCAAUGGACGAAUAAUAAUAAAAAUCAAAUCGAAAAAAGUGAUGAUCAAGGAUCGGAAGAAAAUCAAAAUUCGUCUACGGCACCUGGUGGUGGUAGUAUAAAUAGAGAAUUUCUCACAAUCGAUACAUCAUCCCGCAAGGGUCGAAUUAAUCGUCAUCUUCAUGAUUAUCCAGAUAAACCAAUGCGAUUUACUAAAAAUGAAGUCCGAUUUCAAUCAUGGGGAAUCGUUGUUGCUAUUCGUGAUGCAUUUGAUAUUGUGUAUUCAGUUACUGAAUGGUUUGCUGGUUCAGGUACUAUAAUAAUGUAUGCUGAUGAUGUAUGCUUUCAUGCUGACGAGGUAAUUCGAGGUCAAAGUGGUGUUUGA